AGGCAGGCGAGGCAAGGGCAAGAGGUGCGCUCCGCGAAGCUCUCUUUGUUCCCUGGACGGCGAAGGAAGGAAGCGAAGCGGAGGAGCCUGGAUCUCCCCAUUCCGGAGAAGAACACGCUGCCCGGUUCCAGGUUGGAAGGCGGCCGGAUCAGUUUCCUGCCCCAGAGGAGGAGGCAGCCAGCCAUCCCGGAGAGCCGCGAAGGCUUGGCCCUUAUUCCCAAGGCGCCGGAGCGGAGCAUGCGAGCCACGGGAGGCGCACCCUGGCCGGACUCCCGGCUCUGAAGCCCCUCCGGGGCGGCUCCCUGGAGCGGCGCUGCCCCAUGGCCAAGGCGGCGUCCUGGCCAAGGCGCUGGGAAUAGCGGAGACGAAGCGACUGUCCCGUCUUCUCCUUCGCGGGCCUGCCGCUGCGGUUCUUUUUUGCGCUCUCUCUGCCCGGCGCCAUGGAGGAGUGGCGGCAGUGCGGGCGCUGGCUGAUCGACUGCAAGGUCCUGCCGGCCAACCACCGCGUGGUUUGGCCCUCGGCCGUGGUUUUUGAGCUGGCCCAAGCUCUCCGCGACGGCGUCCUCCUCUGCCAGCUGCUCCACAACCUCUCGCCGGGGUCUAUCGACCUCAAAGACAUCAAUUUCCGGCCCCAGAUGUCCCAGUUUCUCUGCCUGAAGAACAUCCGGACGUUCCUCAAAGUGUGCCAUGACAAAUUUGGCCUGCGGAACAGCGAGCUGUUUGACCCUUUUGAUCUCUUCGAUGUGCGGGAUUUUGGCAAGGUGAUAUCGGCAGUCUCCAGACUAUCUCAUCACAGCAUCGCUCAAAACAAAGGAAUUAGGCCAUUCCCUUCAGAGGAGACCAGAGGAGAAAAUGAUGAUGAUGUCUAUAGGAGCCUGGAAGAGCUGGCUGACGAGCACGAUCUGGGGGAAGACAUCUAUGACUGCGUCCCAUGUGAAGAUGAAGGGGAUGACAUCUACGAAGAUAUUAUCAAAGUGGAAGUCCAGCAGCCCAUGAAAAUGGGCAUGACAGAAGAUGACAAAAGGAAUUGCUGUUUGCUAGAAAUCCAGGAAACUGAGGCCAAAUACUACAAGACUCUCGAAGACAUAGAAAAGAACUACAUGAAUCCAUUGAGGCUGGUUUUGACUCUACAAGAAAUGGAAGCAAUAUUUAUUAACUUGGAGGACCUCAUCAAAGUCCACUUUAAUUUCCUGAGAGCCAUCGAUGUUUCCAUGAUGUCUGGAGGGAGCAGCUUGGCCAAAGUGUUUCUAGAAUUCAAGGAAAGGCUCUUGAUAUACGGCGAGUACUGCAGCCACAUGGAAUAUGCACAGACCACGUUGAAUCACCUCAUGGCCAACCGGGAAGAUGUUCAGCAGAAAAUCGAGGAAUGUACACUGAAAGUUCAGGAUGGGAAGUUUAAACUGCAAGACUUGUUGGUGGUGCCAAUGCAAAGAGUUUUGAAGUAUCACCUCUUAUUAAAAGAGCUUCUCAGCCAUUCGCCGGAUCGGCCAGAAAAGCAGCAGCUCAAGGAAGCCUUGGAAGCGAUGCAGGACUUGGCCAUGUAUAUAAACGAAGUCAAGCGGGACAAGGAGACGUUAAAGAAAAUAAGUGAAUUUCAGAGUUCCAUAGAAAACUUGCCAGUGAAACUAGAAGAAUAUGGGAGGCCCAAAAUAGACGGUGAACUGAAGGUCCGUUCAAUAGUGAACCAUACGAAGCAGGAUAGGUACUUGUUUUUAUUUGACAAAGUGGUGAUCGUCUGCAAACGAAAAGGCUACAACUAUGAGCAGAAGGAUAUCAUCGAGCUGUUCUGCUACAAGAUGACGGAUGACCCGAUGAACAAUAAAGAUAUAAAGAAGUGGUCGUACGGUUUCUACCUCACUCACCUCCAAGGCAAGCAGGGCUUCCAGUUCUUCUGCAAGACAGAAGACAUGAAAAGGAAGUGGAUGGAGCAGUUUGAAAUGGCCAUGUCAAACAUCAAGCCGGAAAAAGCCAUGGCAAACAACCACAAUUUCCAGAUGUACACCUUUGACAAGACAACAAACUGUAAAGCAUGCAAGAUGUUUCUCAGAGGGACCUUCUACCAGGGUUAUCAGUGUGUGAAAUGCAAAGUUGGUGCUCACAAGGAAUGCUUGGAAGUCAUUCCCCCCUGCAAAAUCAGUUCACCAGCAGACCAGGAUUCAUUGAAUAUGGGUCCCAAAAUGGUGGCAGUCCAGAACUACCAUGGCAACCCAGCUCCCCCAGGGAAACCCGUCUUGACAUUUCAAACGGGGGAAGUUAUUGAGCUCCUCCGAGGGGACCCAGAGUCACAGUGGUGGGAGGGAAGGCUAAUAUUGUCGAAGAAGUCUGGUUAUUUCCCCAGCUCGUCCGUCAAACCCUGCCCAGUGGAUGCCAGACCUCCCAACAGCCGGCCCCCAUCACGAGAGAUGGAUUACUCUCCCUAUCCUUGGUUUGCGGGAAACAUGGAAAGGCAGCAGACAGACAAUCUCCUGAAGCUGCAUGUUACUGGGACGUACCUGAUCCGGGAGAGGCCGGCGGAGGCCGAGCGCUUUGCAAUCAGCAUUAAGUUUAAUGAGGAGGUGAAGCACAUUAAGGUGGUUGAAAAAGACAACUGGAUUCACAUCACCGAAGCAAAAAAAUUUGAAAGCUUAUUGGAACUUGUUGAAUACUAUCAAACUCACUCACUCAAGGAGAGUUUUAAACAACUGGACACAACAUUGAAGUACCCUUACAAGUCCCGGGAACGCUCUACCUCCAGAACCUUGACUCGGUCACCAGUAUUCACACCUCGGGUCAUAGGGACGGCAGUGGCGAGGUACAACUUUGCUGCGCGGGACAUGCGGGAGCUCUCGUUGAGAGAAGGGGACGUCGUGAAGAUCUACAGCCGGAUAGGCGGGGACCAGGGCUGGUGGAAAGGAGAAACCAAUGGAAGAAUUGGUUGGUUCCCUUCGACCUACGUUGAAGAAGAGGGUGUUCAGUGACGUCUGGAGCUCCCAGGCACUGUCAGCAGUUGGCCCAGUGGAAAGCCGAAAUGGGCCCUUUUUCUGGGGCUCUGAAAAAGUGACUGUCCCUCUUCUGGCACUAACAACUAAGACAAAAGCCUCUUGUUGGGCCCAUUGUAACAAAUGGGGUGCAAGCAAGCAAGCAAGCAAGCAAACAAACGCACAUGGACAUGCAACAGAACGGGAUUCUUUGCGCAUUUGUGCUUUCUGUGGGUGAGGGGUUGGGAGAGCUUUAUCUUUCAUUGAUGGCUUGACUUGUACAUAAGAUUUUGAAAUCCAAAGCUGGGUGGUGUUUCUGGAAAGUUGUGGGGCAUCUGAGGGAAGCCUUCCGUGACACAUGGCUUAGGGGUGACUUACAAAGCCUGUUUAGUGAAAGUUGGACCAAAACCACCACAGGGAUGGCAUGGUGGAACACUGGAAUUGGAGAGAGUCUCUUGUUCCUGGAUGGGGAGUGAUGGAGAAGGGGAGUCCUGAUUUCUACAAGGCUUCUGGGGACUCUGGCGUUAGGACAAUGGAGGGAGUCCUCUCACAGACCACAAACGUAGUUUGGAUGGUAUGUGGGACUGAUCUCACACACUCAACAGGCAUGAAGUAGCAUCUGGGGUAGGGCUUUGGUUGUGUUGUUCUCAUUCAGGCACCACACCCUCCCCAGUUGGCAUAAAAGGACCCCCUACUCAAUUUGGGUGAGGAGGAACCCUGAGAAUAUCACUCCUGGAAGGCUGCCCAGAAAGGUGAGGCAUCACCUGUGUCUGAGCCUGUUCGUCAGGUUCUCCUUCACUUUUAAGGAGUGUGACAUUGAUCCUCAUUUCUUAGUGCAGGGGAGGGGGAUUUCAGGCCCCAGGGGGAUGAAAGUGGCCAUCUAAGCCUCUUAAUCCAUCCCAGAAGCCACUCUACACCCACACACCCCUGUCCCCAUUUAACAAUUCUUGCUCCACACCUUAAGUGGGUUUGGCUGACUGGUUAUCUCAUCUUGCAGUGGGGUAAUGCCUCUUGCUUGGGUGAAUGGAUGGAGAAAGGUGGACAUACAAACACUUGCCUUUUUCAUGGCUGGGAUAUAGCUUGCCAUAGAAAUGUAAGACUUGCACCUGUCUCUCCACCAACGUUCGCUACCGGCCCUGCCAACCACUGUGAUGUGUUCCCUAAAAGGUUCUCUAUGAGGGGAUGUGGGUCUCAGUCUGAAAAAUGCUCCCUUGCACAUCUCUGAGUGGAUUUUCUCCCUUGUGGUUGGGAGAUGUCAUGCUGGUUCUCUGGGGCUUGUGCUCCAAAGCAGCCUUCCCCACCUGACCUAGGGUCCUCCAUCUUCCUGACAGUAAGAGCUGUUCGACAGUGGAAUUUGCUGCCAAGAAGUGUGGUGGAGUCUCCUUCUUUGGAGGUCUUUAAGCAGAGGCUUGACAGACAUAUGUCAAGAAUGCUUUGAUGGUGUUUCCUGCUUGGCAGGGGGUUGGACUGGAUGGGCCUUGUGGUCUCUUCCAACUCUAUGAUUCUAUUAUCUGUUCUUGGACUACAAUUCCAAUCAUCCCAUGCUGGUUACUGGAGGCUGCUGGGAGCUGGAGCCCAAGAACAUCCUCAGGGCACACCCAAUCGAGAAAUUGGCAAAUUUCAGAGUUUUCGCUCUUUUGGAAAGAG